UGUCGAAAGAAAUGCCUGUAAUUGGUGGUGUGGUGUCACUGGCCUCCACAUUUACCGGGAAAUACUAGCUCUUACAGGAGCUCUGCCUACCUCCAAUGCCAGCUCAAAAAACAUUGGGGAAGCCAGCACACAAACCGAUGCUGCAGUGUCUGCUAUUCCAUAUCGAAGAACGUUGAAGAACAAAGCUCUCAUGUGCAGACCGAUUACUGAAGAGCAGGGCGUCCAGUGUCAGCCAGAGCCUCCACUACCUCCAAAUCUGUGCCAAACAGUGAUUGAUGAAAAUGGAGAGAGAGUGAAGCUGGUCCCAGUGCCGGUGCCCAUUCCGAUGCCAGUUUACAUCCCAGUACCAAUGCAUCUAUACACCCAGUACACACCCUUUCCACUGGGCCUACCUCUACCGGUGCCUGUUCCCAUGGUCAUCCCUGGAUCUCAAGACUCCCCCGAACAGAAAGACACUAAAUGUAGCCUGCCUGCUCAGAGCUCAGUGGAAGACGACGAUGUGGAGAAGGGAAAAGACAAGCCUGCGUCACACGACCAGGGCAGCACUUACAGUGGUGAUUUGGAGUCAGAGGCCAGAUCAACACCCUUCAGCUUGGCAGAUACUGAGGAUCCUGGAGUCAACGUGAAGCCACCGGUGCCAUCGACCGAACUAGAGGAGCCGGUAGCCGCUCGGACCCCGUCUUUGUCGUCAGAGCAGCCAGAUCUGGAAAAUGAUUUUCCUCGCUCAUCGGCUGACCCUGGAUCAGCUAAAGAGAACAGACUGGUAUUGACGCUGAAGAGACGUAAGAGGGGCAGAGACAGCCACCCUCCCAGGAAAAGGGGUCGUAAGCGAUCUGGCACCGAUACACCGGGAGGUGUUUGGCUUAGUUCCUCCAGCUCAAAGCUCAACCAAAUGUACGGAGUCGAAGCCUGGGCCAGCUGGGUGCGAAUGAACACGGGACAGAGCGAACAGGAGCAGCAGUCCCAAGGCUCCUUGACUAUGAAGGAAGAUUUGUUGCAGUGCACUUCUGCGGAUCUCAGUUAUGGUCUUUGCCGUUUCAUCAAGGAAGUCCGCAGGCCGAACGGCGAGCCUUAUGAACCUGAUAGCAUCUACUACCUGUGUCUAGGCAUUCAGCAGCGUCUGCUUGAAAAUGAGCGUCUUGAAAAUAUCUUCACGGACUCACUCUAUAGUCAGUUCAUCAGUGACAUCACCACACUGCUGAAGGACUGGGGAAAUAUGUUGCCUCCUGGAGGAUAUGGACACUCACGGGUCGAGGAGGAGUACCUUUGGGAAUGCAAGCAGCUGGGCGCUCUGUCUCCCAUUGUUCUGCUCAACACGCUGCUGUUUUUUGGAGCCAAGCUGCUCAAACUCAAAACGGUUGAAGAGCAUCGACGCCUUGCAUUCUCCAAUGUCUCCCACUGCUCAAAGACCACCAAAAAUGGCAUGACCGCUUAUCUUCGCUUCAGACUACCUGGCAAGGAAGAAGAAAAGGACAAAAAAGCACCAGCUGGUAAAAGGAGGAGAGAGGAAGAGAAGGUGGAAGAGGAGAUUUUGGAGAUGCCUGAAAAUGUGGAGAACCCCUUACGCUGUCCUGUCAGACUCUACGAGUUCUAUCUCUCAAAAUGCUCAGACUCUGUGAAGCAGCGUCCAGAUCUUUUCUACCUGCAGCCCGAGGCCUCCUGCCACCCCAGCAGCCCUGUGUGGUACUCAGCCCAGCCACUGGAUCGCAUCAUGAUGGAGAGCAUGCUCACACGGAUCCUAGCUAUACGGGACAUUCACCUGGACUCUAAACAUCAGCAAAAGGACCUGGACUCAUCAGAUGAAGAAAGCUCUUAAUGAAAACCUACAAACUCUGAGACCUAAAAAAAAAAACGUCAUGAGACAUUUAAUGACAUCAAUGUAUUACUUUUAUUCUGACGGGAAUGGAAUACAAACAGACAUGAAUGAAACUGAAACUGUGCACAAGCUCAACAGACAUUCCCGAAGUCGUUUAUUCUAUCAUGAAUGUUACCGAAAAUGAAAUUUGGACGGAAUAGUUUGGUUUUUAGUCACAAGUAGAUAUUGUUUUUCAGUAUUUAGUAUUAUUUAGUGAAAGCUUUUUAAGUUUAAACAUUCAUCAUGUCAUUGUUGGUAACCUUUGAAAAUAUAUAUGAAUUCUCAUAUGUA